UGCACCCGAAACACCGAAGCUCCGUGCUGCACCGUGCUUGGUCGGCGAUGCCGCAGCCUGCGGAGCGCUGGGCAGCGGACCUUUGCGGUGGCCGACUCCAGACCUUCUGCUGGGAAACGCCCGAGACGGGCGAGCGCCUGGUCCGCGUCUGGACGCCGCCCGGGUGGACGAGGGGCGCCAUGCCGUUGGCGUUGUGGCUCAACGACGGCCAGAACCUCUUCCGAGACGAGGACGCCUUUGGUGGCGCCUCUUGGGGUGCCGCCGGCACCGUGGCGCAUUUGAUCGCCGCGCAGCGCAUCCCGCCGAUCCUCCUGCUGGGCAUCGAUCAUCGGGGUCCCAUGAGGACCUUCGACUACUUGUCGGUGCCGCCCACGGGCUGGGACGCGCCCUGGGGCCAGGGCAUGCGCGGAGACAUGUGGGAUGCCCCCGGCGGAGGUGUGGAGACCUACAUGGAGCGGGUGAUCUCAGAGCUGUUGCCCUGGGCGGAGCAACUCUUCGGUGUUGCGCCCGAAGCCUCCCAGAGAUACUUUGGUGGCUCCUCCUUUGGCGGCAUUUGUGCCUUGUACAUGGCCAUGCGAUACCCAGACCAUUGGGCCGGCGUUUUGGUGGAGUCGCCCUCCUUCUGGGCGGGCAAUGGCCGCUACAUGGCCGACGUGGCUCAGAACGAGAAGGGUUGGCCCAAGCGGAUGUACCUGGCGAUGGGGGAGUUUGAAUACACCGGCUUCCGCGGCACCGAGAGGCCGGGCAGUUUGCAAUGCGACGCCUUCUUGCGGGAGGCGUUGGUCGAGUGCGCAGGUCACUUGAGGAAGGCUACAGCGCUCCUCUCCUACCUUGAGCCUGGCGGGCGGCACAACGAGCGAGACUGGGGCCGGCGGCUGCCGAUGGCGCUGCGUUGGUUACUCUCGGGCGAAGAAGGGCGAGGCGAAGCCUUCUGGACCAGGCCCUCGCCACUGCUGCCGGGCAGUUGUUUUGAGCUGCUGGCGCGCAAGGACCAGGUGAGGCUGCCAGACUCUGGGCGCUUCCAGGUGCACCUGGGCUUCGACCAGUGGUCCUCGGGCGUGCGACGCUGCGACCUGCUGCCGAGUGGUUUGGGGCCCACGGAGGGCUCCGAGGCCGUGCUGGCCGCCUUGGCUUAUGCUCCAAGCUCCAGCAGUUCCCUUCACUUCGCCUUCACCAAUGGCGUGGACUGGGACAACAACCAAGAGAAGAACUACGAGCUCCCAGUUGGCCGAUGACCUUCCGUUUGAAGGCUAGUCCGAGGGGAGCUCUUGAUGUGAGCAUCGCUUGCCGUGCAAAAGCAGCGAAUGCCGCGCGCCUCUCACUCCGUGACAUCGCGGUUUUUGGUCGCGCAUCGCUUGGAACUGCCACUUGAGACCACGCGUUUCGCUUGGGAGAAGGACACGUGCAGCCGAUGUUCACCGAGCGGACAUCGGACCCCUCGACUAUGUCCGGGCGGCCGGGACCUUGCUUGACCGAUCUGGACCUGUCUGGACCGGGCUCCAGGUGAAGAUUGACCCAUUCAAGUUACCUCACUAGCAUGGAAGGUUUUUCACUUCCAUGUUAGUGAGUCGGAGUGUACUAUGG